AUGGGCCCAAGCACAGUCGGAAACCAGGGGCAGAGCCAGGCCGACAGCUCAGAAACCCGUAAACCAAGUGGCCAAUCAAAGAAGUUUUCUGCCAUGACGCUUCUGAAAAUAAUUGGGCUCCUCUUCUGCAUCCCAAUUUCCUACGUCCCGGACGCUGAUAUCGAUGGGGUGGAUGAACUCCUCAAUGGAUCCACUGAAUCAGCUCCUAAUCCCCCUGAGCAAGAAAUUUUCGAGAUUACGGUCCGAGUCGUUGACCACAAGAAUGCAAGAGCCAUUCUUAAGGGGGCUACUGAAGAGAAGAGUGUUGAGUUCUUAUCAAGAUUUGCAAUAUUCAACGCGCAAUCGCCACUCGCCGAUGUGGUGCUCCAGGCGGCAUAUUCCAAGAAGGUCGGAAUCCAUGUCGAUGCCAUAUUUUUGGCACGAGGAACUGUCGUUGGCGGAAGCAAGGCUAUUACUUGGAAGUUAGCAAGGACCAUGUCUGAAAUUGAAGACUAUUUGGCCACACCGAAUGAUUUCAACAAUACGGUGCUCAUGGUUGGACAUACCCUUGAUAAGAAACAAUGCAAGAUGAGAGGAUGGAUGUUUGCAGCUGCCGGUUUAUGCUACCCAGAAUUUUCUCUGAGCUACCAAGAGCGAGGAACAACGGACCUUGAGCAUGCGAAAGGAAUUAAGUUGGGGGAUCGUCUCAAUAAGCAAUUCCAGGCGGGACACCUAUUCAGCAUGGAACUAGGUGGACCUGCCAAUACCUCCCAACCUCGCGAGGCAGCAAGGAUUCCAACCGACCACAAGGCGCCACUGCCUGAGGGAUUUGAAGAAGCCUUGAAGUUCAGAGGCAUCUUCGUGCCGAAGAAGGAAGCACCAGUCAGGCCGGAGGGUCGAAAAGCUGAUGGUCCAAUAUCUGUAGAUGAUUACAGCUUCACAGGAACAUACCAUGAAAGUGGGAAUGGGUUUAUUUAUACCCCGAGCGACGAAGAUCGGCGUAUGCUCGGCUGGGGACGUGGCUCUUAG